AUGAGCGUGAAUUUUUCGAAGGUAGAAGAAGAGACGCUCCGUUUCUGGGACAAGGUUGACGCUUUUGCAACACAACUUCGUCUAACACAGAAUGGGCCUCGCUUUUCUUUCUACGACGGCCCCCCUUUUGGAUUGCCCCAUUAUGGGCAUCUUCUUACCUCCACCAUCAAAGACAUCAUACCUCGAUAUUGGUCCAUGAAAGGAUAUCAUGUUGUGAGAAGGUUUGGUUGGGACACCCAUGGCGUGCCUGUCGAAUACGAAAUCGAUAAGCGCCUCGGUAUGUCGGGCAGGGAUGCUGUUCAGCAGAUGGGUGUGGCCAAGUACAACGCUGAGUGCCGAGGAAUUGUGAUGCGAUAUGCAUCUGAAUGGCGAGACACCAUGAGACGAUUGGGACGAUGGAUUGAUAUGGACAACGAUUACAAGGCGAUGGAUGUGAAUUUUAUGGAAACAGAGUGGUGGGUUUUCAAACGACUUUUUGAUAAAGGCUUGGUCUACAGGUCAUACCAGGUCAUGCCAUACUCUACCGCCCUGUGUACUCCAUUGAGUCAUAUGGAAUCGAAACAAGCUGAGCGAAUGACUCAGGACCCUGCAAUUGUCGUCUCUUUCCCGGUUCUAGGCCAGGCUGAGCACAGCAAUACGUCUCUAUUGGUGUACACAACGACACCGUGGACGUUACCCUCGAAUUUGCUCAUUGCUGUGCAUAAGGAUUUCGAGUAUCUGAAGAUUUUGGAUGAAAGAACUGGAAAUUACUACAUCACCUUGGAGAAUGGCCUGAAGCUGCUUUACAAGGACCCUGCAAAAGCCAAAUACAAGGUGGUGAGCAACAUGAAAGGACACGAAUUGGUUAACUGGAGAUAUGAGCCACUCUUUUCGUACUUUACGCAGCAAUUUUCCGAUUGCUUCCAAGUUAUCGCUGCCGACUUUGUUGAAGCCGGCGAGGGUACUGGUCUUGUUCCUCAGUCACCAGCCUUUGGCGAAGAGGAUUAUGCGGUAGCAACAGCGGCGGGCUUCAUAUCCCCAAGUCGCCUUCCCCCAUGCCCUGUCGACGAAAAGGGUCGGUUCACCGCUGAAGUCGUCGAGUACGCUGGUCAACACGUCAAAGAAGCUGAUAAAGCGAUUCUGCGGGACUUGAGAAAAACAGGGCGACUGCUGCACGAGAGUCAGAUCAUGCACUCGGAUAAAUUCUGCUGGCGUUCAGAUACCCAGCUAAUUCGACGAGCUGUCUCAUCAUGGUUCGUGAAGGUCACAGAUGCCAUUCCCACUAUGCAAGAAAAUUUGCAGGCCACAAAAUGGGUGCCAUCUUUUGUGAAAGACAAGCGCUUCGCGAACUGGGUAUCUGGUGCACACGAUUGGAAUGUGUCUCGAAACAGAUACUGGGGUACACCCAUUCCAAUUUGGGCGAGCGAUGACUACGAAGAACUUGUCUGUGUUGGUAGCAUUGAAGAGUUGCGCCAGCUGAGCGGCUAUGAUGGACCUCUUUAUGAUCUUCAUCGCGACAAGAUUGACCAUAUUACUAUACCGUCUAAACAUGGUAAAGGCCAGCUGCACAGAGUAAGCGAGAUUCUCGACUGUUGGUUUGACUCAGGUUGUAUGCCGUAUGCAUCCGUUCACUACCCUUUCGAGAACAAAGACGCGUUAGAGAAUGGGCACUUUCCAGCCGACUUCAUCGCCGAAGGUUUGGAUCAAACCCGCGGUUGGUUUUAUACACUCACGGUCCUCGGGAAUCUUUUAUUUGAGAAGUCGCCCUUCAAGAACGUUCUGGUAAAUGGCAUGGUUCUGGCGGAAGAUGGCAAAAAAAUGUCCAAAAGCCUCAAGAACUAUCCUGCCCCGACAAAAGUAUUCGACGAAUACGGUUCAGAUGCGCUGAGAUUAUACUUGAUCAGCUCUCCAGUCGUCAGGGCAGAACCACUGCGAUUCAAGGAGACAGCAGUAAAAGAAAUCAUCUCCCACGUACUGUUGCCAUUAUGGAACAGCUUCCGCUUCUUCUCUGAACAGGCAGCUCUAUACAAAGCUAACCAUGGAGAGGACUUGGUGAUGUCGUCCGACUUCGCCACAGCAGACCUGACCAACGUGAUGGACCGGUGGAUACUUGCCAACUGCCAGAGUCUCUUGCAAUUUGUCGAACAAGAAAUGGCCGCUUAUCGGCUAUUUACCGUUGUUCCACGCCUGCUUACAACUAUUGAUGACCUGACCAACUGGUACAUACGAUUCAACCGAAAGCGACUCAAAGGCGCUGCCAACCUGGGCCAGACAGAUACUUUGACGGCCCUCCGGUGCCUUUUGCAGGUACUUUUCACGCUUGUUAAAGCACUCGCGCCGUUCACGCCAUUCAUUACCGACCAUAUCUAUGGGCUUUUGAAGCCGUAUCUUGGUCCCGUUCUAGACCAAUUUCAGGACGCUAGGAGCGUUCACUUCCUGCCCUUCCCAACUGUACAGCAUGAUUUGUUUGAUGAGAACGUUCAAGAGAAAGUUCGACUCUUACAGCAAGUUGUACAGCUUGGACGUGUGGCACGCGAACGUAAUAGUUUGUCUUUGAGGACGCCACUUUCAAGUGCCGUAGUCAUCGCCGAUGAGCGGCAGCUGAGUGACCUGGAAUCAGUCAUAAGCUAUGUUCGAGAGGAGUUGAAUCUCCGAACGGUAGUGCUGAGUUCUAACGAAGCCAAGUACGAUGUGGUGCUCGAAGCAAGGGUUGACUGGCCUACACUCGGAAAGAAGCUCAAAAAGCAGGUCCAGUCCGUUCGAAAAGCAUUGCCGGGACUCUCGCAAGAUCAAUUACGCAGUUUCCAGGAGACUAAGUCCAUUGAAGUUGCAGGGGUGGUGCUUGGGGAGGGCGAUAUUGCUCUUGUGCGAUCAGUUCGGCAGAGCAACGAUACAGGGGAACUCGGCAAGUCCAAAUGGGAAGCGGCGUUUGGCGAUGGUGUCAUGGUGCUACUUGACAUUGAGUCUACUCCUGAACUCGAGGAAGAGGGCCUCAUACGCGAUCUCAUAAGCCGAGUACAAAAGCUGCGCAAACAGGCCAAGCUAGUGUCAACGGAAGAUGUUCGCAUGGAGUAUGCUGUGCUGUCGAACUCUAAUGCACUGGCUCUUGACAAGGCUAUCGCAGAUCACAAGCAUCUGAUUGCUGGCGCGCUCCGCGGGGACCUCUUCCAGGUGACCCAGGAAUCACUGCACGCAGCAGAGACAUGCAUACUGCAAGAGGACCAGGAGAUGAGUGGCGUGACGCUCAGACUCGCACUGCUCAGGAACUAG